AUGAAUUAUGAUUAUAAUAAUAAUGAAUCAAAAAAUGAUAAUAUUCAACAUGUAAAUCAACAACAACAACAACAACAACAGCAGCAUUUACAUCAACAACAACAACAACAACAGACAUACAAUAGUAAUAAUAAUCCUAGUAAUUUCAGUCCAUUACAUCAAUCGAAUCUAUCGAAUACAGUCGAUGCAAUCACGAGAAUGGAUAUAGAGGAGAAGAAACAUAGCAUUGGGAGCAACAGUAGCAAUAGCAGUGCAAGCAGUAAUAACAGUGGAUAUAGUUUCAGUGCGCUGAACAUCCCCGCCAGCAAUAUAAAUAGUAUAGGUAACCUGGUGAAUCCAAUGAGGAGCACCAGUGCCGACGGCACCAGCAAUGUAUCGGCCUCACAUUUCCCAAGUAGUAUGCAUCUGCCUCCACUCAACACACAACAACAGCAACCACAAUCAUCAUCAAUGAUCAACCACCUAAUAUCACCUGUACAGCCAUUUAAGAAUAAUAAUAAUAAUAGUAGUAGUAGUAGUUAUCAAUCAACAACAUCACCUUCGACACCACCACCAACUCAAUCAAUAUCAACAUCAUUAUCAUCAUUAUCAACAACACAACAACAACAGACAACAACAACAACUACUCUACCAUCGAUGUCGUCUGCGUCACCACGUACAUUCUUGCCGGAUCCGCUCCUCACUCACAACUCUUACUACCAGGCACCACCCAAAGAUGCCAAGGAGCGAUUGAAAGAGUUUAAACAGAUAAGAGUCAUUGGAACCGGAACGUUUGGUCGUGUCUAUCUUGUACAGAAUAUAAUUGACCAUCAAUUCUACGCAAUGAAGUGUCUCAACAAAUCGGACGUAGUCAAACUCAAACAAGUCGAACAUUUAAACUCUGAAAAAUCAAUUUUGGCAUCAAUUCAUCAUCCUUUUAUUGUUAAUUUAUAUCAAUCGUUUCAAGAUGAAAAGAAAAUAUAUUUACUAUUUGAAUAUGUGGCGGGUGGCGAAGUAUUUACACAUUUGAGAAGAGCUACCAAGUUCAAUAAUAAUAUGGCAAAGUUUUAUGCGGCAGAGAUUAUAUUGGCGUUGGAGUAUCUCCACAGACAUAAUAUAGUAUAUCGUGAUUUAAAACCAGAGAAUCUGCUACUCGACAACCAGGGUCAUAUAAAGAUCACCGAUUUCGGAUUUGCAAAGCGUGUGGAAGAUAGAACCUUUACUCUUUGCGGUACACCCGAGUAUCUGGCUCCGGAAAUCAUUCAAAGCAAAGGUCAUGGUAAAGCUGUAGAUUGGUGGGCACUUGGUAUUUUAAUAUUUGAAAUGUUAGCUGGUUAUCCACCUUUUUAUGAUGAUGAUACAUUUGUAAUUUAUGAUAAGAUUCUGGCUGCAAGAAUCACUUUUCCAUCGCAUUUCGAUCUUGAUGCAAAAGAUUUAGUAAAGAGACUAUUGACUGCUGACAGAACACGUAGACUUGGUGCAUUAAAAGAUGGCGCUCAAGAUGUAAAGAAUCAUAAAUGGUUUGCAGAUAUAGAUUGGAAUAAAUUGUAUAAUAGAAAGAUAAACGGUCCUUUCAUACCUCAAAUUCAGCAUCAAGGAGAUUCUUCUAACUUUGAGAAAUACGAUGAGGAACCAAUGUGUGAAGACUUUACUCUACCAGGUUAUGUCGAUCCCUAUGCUCAUCUAUUUAGAGAUUUUUAA